CCUUGACCUCAUACCCACAAGCUUAGAGACAUAAACCAUUACUCGCAGCAAGACGGUGAAUUCUAAAAAUCCGCUGUGAGGGUUAAGACGAUCCAUUAACACAGCUUGCCCAGAUGGGUCUACUGUCCGAAGGGACGCCACUGUCAUGGGAAGAGACCAAGGCCAAAGCCGAUCACGUUCGAGAACAUGGAAUCACCCAGUUCAUUAAUCUCUGGAAACGACAUAAAGAUGUGAAGAAGGACUGUUUGCUUUGGGGCGACGAGGUUGAGUACACAUUAGUUCACUUGGACCACGAGAACGAGAAGAGCAGUCUGCUACUUAAGGGAGACAAAGUUUUACACGUGCUACAGCAACAAGAGAGAGAAAACCCUGCGGACCUAAAAACAAUAUGGCGACCAGAAUAUGCAAAUUACAUGGUGGAGGGGACACCAGGGAAACCAUACGGUGGACUGAUGGCUUACUUUAAUAUGGUGGAGGCCAACAUGAGAAGAAGGAGAAAGGAAGUGAUGAGACUUCUGUCCGAGCCGGGAGAGACGGCCCUCUCUGUUGUCACAUUUCCAAGGUUGGGUUGCCCUAAUUUCAGCCGGCCUGAGUUCCCGCCCACACCCACAGAGGGCGCCUCUAGGUCUUUAUUUUACCCUGAAGAGGUCAUCUUUCCAGGACACCCCAGAUUCAAGACCUUAACAAGAAACAUCAGACAGAGAAGAGGAGAAAAGGUAGCAAUUAAUAUUCCAAUUUUCAAAGACAAAAACACACCAAGUCCUUUCCAAGAGGACUUAUCCCAAUAUGGCGACAGCGGGGAGUCUCAGGCGGCCUCCCUGCCUGACCACAUCUACCUGGAUGCCAUGGGCUUCGGGAUGGGGUGUUCUUGUCUCCAGAUGACAUUCCAGGCGUGUAAUAUAGACGAGGCACGACACCUUUACGACCAGCUGGCGCCGCUUUGUCCUAUCAUUAUGGCCCUUAGUGCUGGUUCACCAAUCUACAGGGGUUUUCUGUCUGACAUAGACUGCCGCUGGUUUGUGAUCUCCAACUCUGUGGACUGUCGGACUAGAGAGGAGAGAGGCCUGGAGCCCCUCCAGAAGGACAGAUUCAGGAUACAUAAGUCACGUUAUGACACAAUAGACUCUUAUUUGGGACCGUGCAAUGCGUGUUAUAACGACAUCGACAUGGUUUACGACAGAGACAUAUGCAGCAGGCUCAAGGCAGCAGGUGUGGAUGAGCUGUUGGCAAGACACGUGGCCCACUUAUUUAUCAGGGACCCUAUAUCGUUAUUCAGUGAGAAAAUUGACCAGAACGAUGAGGAAGAGAGUGAUCAUUUUGAGAACAUCCAGUCCACAAACUGGCAGUCAAUGCGCUUCAAGCCGCCACCUCCAAACUCUGACAUUGGCUGGAGAGUGGAGUUUAGACCCACCGAGGUCCAGCUAACAGACUUUGAAAAUGCAGCCUAUGUGGUGUUUGUGGUGCUGCUGACCCGAGUGAUCCUGUCUUUCCAUCUGAACCUGGUGAUACCAAUAUCUAAGGUAGAUCAAAACAUGAAAACAGCAGCCAAGAGAGACGCUCUACGCCAAGGAAAGUUCUACUUUAAGAAAGACUUGCUGACAGGCUAUUCCCCUCCCAAAGCCUCCGAGUGCAUCUGUAACUGUCCCUGUGGCAACGUGGACAUAAGUCGCGCAGUGGAUGCAGAGGAUGAAUACACCGAGAUGACCAUCAAUGAGAUCAUUAACGGAAAGGUAAGCAACAAUUUAUAAACAUGUUUUUGGCUUUAUUACUAGGUGCAUAAGAUAUAAUUGCUUUUUGGACAGUUCCAAGUUAACGACUGAUGAGCAACACGUAAAGUAUAAGUGAUUUUCAGACAGACAUUGAUGGAUGACACUUCUUUGUCAAAGACUGACUUAGAUCAAAUAUUAAUUCUCUGAACUGGUUAUUAGUGUCUAGCUCACAUGCCUGACAAUUGUGCCUGACUAAACAAAUAUUGAGGAAAAUGACCAUGAUAAUGAAACACAGAAUGAAAAUUUCAGUAAACUAGACAGGAGAGAGGUCUUUGAUGUUUAUAAUA